CCUAAAUAUGCUCAAGCCGAGAGGGCGACAAGUGUAGUGUUUUGAAAAUAACCCCAACGCAAGCUGGCUAAUUCUUGCUAGUCGUUUGUUUAAAACGGCAUAGUUUGUAGCCCGGUGUAUUUAUGAGUUGUUCGGGUAGGUGUCUGGGUUUGAACUUCAGUCGGAAUGUAUCGGAGAGGAGCGAGUAAGAUGGACAAGCCGCCGAAGGAGGAGAGCGCUAGCAGCAAGUACGCCGAGCUGCUGGUGUUCGGCUACGCGUGCAAGCUCUUUCGGGACGAUGAGAGGGCCAUGUACCACGAGCAGGGCAAACACCUGAUCCCGUGGAUGGGAGACAACAAGCUCAUGAUCGAUAGAUACGAUGGCCGCGGUCAUUUACAUGACCUUUCGGAGUAUGAUGCAGGCUCGUGGAACCAGAACUACCAACUCUCUGAAGAAGAAGCGAGGAUUGAAGCACUGUGUGAUGAGGAGAGAUACCUGGCCUUGCACACUGACCUGCUGGAAGAGGAGGCCAGGCAAGAAGAGGAAUAUAAAAGGCUAAGUGAGGCUUUGGCUGAUGAAGGUUCCUACAACGCAGUGGCUUUCCGCUACAGUGCUGAUUACUACGACCCCUCGCAGCCCACCGAGGAAGAGGACGGCAGCAAAGAUAACGAGCCCGAGCCUCAGGAAGAAGAUGGUGAAGAGCCGUUCAUAGCACCCCCUGGAUUGAUCAUACCCUCCGACGUAGAGCUGCCUGCGACCAUUAAGACCCAUGCCAUCAUUGAGCGCACUGCUAACUUUGUGUGCAAGCAAGGAGCCCAGUUCGAGAUCGUGCUGAAGGCGAAGCAGGCCGGGAACUCUCAGUUCGACUUCCUGCGUUUCGACCAUUACCUAAACCCCUACUACAAACACAUCCUGCGAGCCAUGAAGGAGGGACGAUACACACCUGCCUCUGAAAGCAAGCAGGACCAGAAUCGAGAAUCUAAAUCAGGAAAUUCCAAUGAGGAUGAAGACGACGAUGAUGACGACGAUAAUGAAGACGGGAGUUACCUCCAUCCCAGUUUGUUUGCAACGAAGAAGAGCUCACGUCUAGAGGAGAUAAUGAAGCCCUUGCAGGUCAUGGACCCAGACCAUCCACUGGCUGCACUAGUUCGCAAAGCCCAGCAGGAGAAGAAUGGAAAUGUAGCCAUCACCACCAAGCCUGAGGAAGAGGUGGCAGCUCAAGCACCGCCAGCAGAGUACACCACUGAUCCAAACAUGGCAGCGCUGUAUUAUGGGUAUUGCAUGUUGCCUGAUGGGACAUACUGCCUGGCACCACCGCCACCUGGCAUCGAUGCCAGCGCCUAUUACAGCUCGAUGCCUGCUGGCAUGAUGCCUGCUCACGCGGCGUCCCCAGCUCCUCCACCACCAGGCACUACUCCUCCUCCUGACUCUGCCAUCACAGUCCCAUCAGCCCCAACAGCUGCUGCCGCUCUACCCCCUGCGUCUGCUCCCGUGUCUCAUGCUACACCUUCUGGUUUCUACAGCACUAGCUCUUCCACUCCUCAGGCGAGUGUUAGCCAGACUUCUUCUUCAGCUGCAGCGAUCAUCCCUCCGCCACCAGACAUCCAGCCUGUCAUCGAUAAGCUGGCUGAAUAUGUAGCCAGAAACGGUGUGAAGUUUGAGAGCAGCGUGCGUGCUAAAAAUGACCCACGGUUUGACUUCCUGCAGUCUUGGCACCAGUAUAACACUUACUAUGAAUUCAAGAAGCACUACUUCAUGCAGAAAGAAGCCUCAAACCUGCCUCAGGGCUCUGCAGUCCACAAGGGUGGAGGCACUGCAAACUGUUCCUCUGAAAAACAGUCUAAUGAGGGCAAACUCAUUAAAGCAUCCUUUGCCCCCAUCUGCUUUGCGAUAAAGUCUAAAGAGAAUGACAUGCUGCCUCUGGAAAAGAACCGGGUGCGUCUGGACGAUGACUCCGAUGAGGACAAGGGUAGAGAGGAAGAACAGGAAGGGGCGGAGCAGAGCAUGGCUGGGGUGGAGCAACAAAGUGAGGCUCCUCCUCCACAACCUGAGGAGAAAAAGCCCACCCUUUCACAGGAAGAGCUGGAGGCCAAGCAAGCCAAGCAGAAGCUAGAGGACCGUUUGGCAGCUGCCGCACGCGAGAAGCUGGCUCAGGCCUCCAAAGAGUGGAAGGAGAAGCAGCUGCAGGCUGAGCGCAAGCGGAAGGCCGCUCUGUUUCUGCAGACGCUGCGUGGUCCUGAAGCAGAGCUCAAACGAGCCGAAGAGCCCUUCGCUCCUGCCGAGCCAGAGGUGUCCACCGUUCCAGCUGGGCCCGUCACCCAGGUGCCGCUUUCCGAAUAUCCGCCUCCGGACCCCUCCGUGAGGAGCGCCGACCCCCCUGCCACCACCCUGCCGCUCUCUUCUUCAUCCACCUCCUCUACUCGAGAACGGGACAGGAACAGAGACAGAGACAAGAAAAAGAAAAAACACAAAAGAAGGUCUCGGUCCAGGUCACGUUCCAGAUCCAAAACCAAGCACUCACUACCGAGCGCAUACCGCAGCUACAAGAGGUCCAGAUACCCAAAGGCACUUCAUACUGAAAGAUCCCAAUCCCAUUCUCCCAGCAAGAGAGAGCGGCAUCGUGAGGAAAGAGAGCGAGAGAGAGAGAGAGAGCGCUACGGAGGCAGCACCUAUCGCCUUGGCAACAGCCCAGGCCUGGGCAGGAAGCGCUCGAGGUCCAGAUCCAGAUCACCUCGUGAAAGGAGAAAGAAGAAGUCGUCAAAAUCAGCGCAUCACUCAAAGACUUCCUCCAAUUCACCCAGAGCCUCACCUGACAGGGGUAGAGCAAACAGGAAAGUCUCCACCCACACUGCUAGCUCCUCCCCUACAUCUAGCCCUACGUCUAGCUUAAGGAGCUCCAGGGACGCGUCACAGGAAAAAGACAAGCAGGUCUCGUCGACCAUUAUUUCUUCAGUUCAAACCAAAAUCACUCAGGACCUCAUGGCUAAAGUACGAGCAAUGCUGGCCAAAGGCCUGCAGCCCAACCCGUCCUGAGUGAUGUGAAAAGGGGCAGACCAACGACUGAGCCAGCCACGAACGUCACUGCAUCAGCACCAUUCAGGACUGCAAUGCAGGGCUGUACUGAUGCGCUUUUAUCCCUUUACAUAUACUUAUGGAUCUUGUGUCACCAAGUAUCACUGGUGAUUCCCUUUAAUGUAAAAGAGCUCAAGGUUUGUGAUGAGCCAGGCAGCAUGCAGGGUUUAUUGAUUCUGUGGGCUUGAGGUUUCGUUUUUUUUUCGCUGGAGGUGCUACUGUAAAAGAAAAUAUCAAAGUCAGAAAAUUUAAACACCGUUUAUUUUAAGACCGAAUUAGAACAUUUGACUAAAUUGAAAACAGAACCCCAUCUUGUUUGAUUAGGUUUCUACCAUCGUGGCAGUGUUAAAUCCUUCUGUGAAGGAUUAUGAUAUUUUCUGUUCUUCUGUCUUGGUUCUUUUUUUUUUUGCCUGCCAGGUUCUAAUGCCUUUGGCUGUUCAAGAUUCUGUUGUUUACUUUUAACUAAUGUGGCCUUCAUGCUGUAAGUUUGUACAGGCUUUUCUUUGCAUCUGCUUUGUAAAACUGAACAGUCAAUAAAAUUUGAGUCAAAAACUCGUGUCA